AUGGGCUGCGGGCCGUGGGCGCUGCUGGCGCUGCUGUGCGGGGUGGCCGCGGCGGUGGCCCCACUGCGCUGCAACGUGAGCCUGGACAGCCCGGCCGAGCAGCGCUGGCUGCCCGUGCUGAGACACUUCGAUCCCGCCUUCCUGCGCGCCGCCGUGGCCCGGGUCAUCGACGAGAGCGUCCCGAAAUGGGUGCACCAGGUCAUCCGGCCCAUAGCAGCGGAGCUGGAGCAAUUCAUGCCGCAGCCCUUCGCGGGGGAGAUUGUGGGGCUGUGCCAAGCACUGGGAAUCAGUCUGGGAGAUGGAAUCCUGCUCAACUUCGCCUACGAGUCCACUGCGUUCUGUACAAGCAUUGUUGCUCAGGAUGACAAAGGGAACAUUUACCACGGUCGGAACCUGGAUUAUGAUUUUGUCGAUAUAUUGAGCAAGAUCACAGUUGAUGUGCAGUUUAUAAAGAGUGGGCAGGUAGCGUACCAAGGCACCACAUUUCUUGGCUACGUAGGCUUAUGGACUGGACAACGUCCACACAAGUUCACAAUCUCUGGGGAUGAACGAGAUGGUGGUAGAUGGUGGGAAAAUGCCAUAGCUGCUUUCCUCAAUCGGAAUUACCCUGUCAGCUGGCUGGUCCGGGACACCCUGAGCAGAGCAGAGGACUUCCAGUCAGCUGUUCUCAGACUGGCUGGCAUUCCCAUCAUUGCUGAAGUUUACUAUAUUGUAGGAGGUGUGUCACCCAAAGAAGGCAUGGUCAUAACAAGGAACAGAAAAGGGCCAGCAGAUCUCUGGCCUCUGGAUCCUUUAGGUGGAGCGUGGUUUCGUGUGGAGACAAACUAUGACCACUGGACCACCCCUCCUCCUUUUGAUGAUCGCAGAACUGCAGCCAUCAAAGCUCUCAAUGCUACUGGACAGCAGAACAUCAAUUUUGAUACACUCUUUAAGGUAUUGUCAGUGAAGCCAGUCUUAAACAUUAACACAGUGUACACCACAGUGAUGAGUGCUGCAUUUCCAGACAAGUACCAGACAUGGAUCCGAACUGAGCAGUGAAGAGCUGUAAGGAGCAGAGGUACUGAGUGAAAAGCUGAAGCUUUGCAAGAUCAGCAUAUGGUUCUAAAAUAACUCUUGGGAGCAGUACAGUCGUUUUGGCUUAUUAAUUAUGUGAACCAUUUGGGAAAUAGUGACUUGUUAACUCUUUGAAGUGUUGCAGGUGAUCCUCUUAAUGAACUGUAAGAGGUGUUUGAAUUUUAUUUUAAUUGAUGUUCUAGCAGAUGUGACUGGUUAAAAAUGGCUUUUACUGGUUUUGUAAGAGUUGUGUAACUGCAAUGUAGUUCUGUGCUAAUGAAUAAAUUUUUGUACUUUACAUGGGCAGUAGGUCUGAACACGAUGAAAUAAAAAGAUGCAGCUGAUAGACUGA